CCAACUUCUUGUAUUGAAGACUUAAGACAUCCCCCCCACACACACACUCUUCAACAGCAAUGCACAGCAUGUAAAUUGGUCCUCCAGUGGCUCCCCUUUGUUUUUAAGUGCGUGGGGUGGCCGGGUGGGGGAAGCUGCUGGAUGCAGCCAGAUGAUGAGUAAAACGAUCUGUAUUUUUGAGGGCUUUGAGUGGUAGGAUAUUGUCAGAACCAAAUGGAUUUAUCACAGGAUAAAGUCUCCAGGCUUGCCUCCGGUAGCACCUACUCUGCAGACGACAUCGCUCUGUGGUGUUCAACUGGAAACCCUGAUGGAUUAAAAAAUACCCUCUUCUCUGUCAGUUCUGCACAGAAGGACGGCUCUCAGGUGCUGACGUCCCUUUGGAGGUUCUGUGAGUUUCGCUGAACUGGGGCCUUCCUGGCUGGGGUGGGAGGUCGUUGCCGAGAAUGAGGAUCCUUUGUAGCCUGGGAAUGUCUUCGCUGGUCCCUCUUGUGAACCUCCUCUCCUUGCUUCUGAUCGGCUGCGUGUCUGAAAGUCCCCCCGAGUUCAUUAAAAAACCAGUGGACCAAAUUGGUGUGUCAGGAGGCGUGGCUUCUUUUGUAUGCCAAGCAACUGGGGAUCCCAAGCCCCGAGUCACCUGGAACAAGAAGGGGAAGAAAGUGAACUCGCAGAGAUUUGAGACCAUUGAAUUUGAUGAGAGCGCGGGUGCUGUCCUGAGGAUCCAGCCCCUCCGGACUCCCAGGGACGAGAAUGUCUACGAGUGCGUCGCCCAGAAUGCUCACGGGGAGAUCACUGUCCAUGCUAAGCUCACCGUUCUCCGAGAAGACCAGCUGCCUUCUGGCUUCCCAAACAUUGACAUGGGACCCCAGCUGAAGGUGGUUGAGCGCACACGGACGGCCACCAUGCUGUGUGCAGCCAGCGGGAACCCAGACCCGGAGAUCACAUGGUUCAAAGAUUUCCUUCCCGUUGACCCCAGCGCCAGCAAUGGGAGGAUAAAGCAGCUGAGAUCAGGUGGCCUGCAGAUUGAGAGCAGUGAAGAGACUGAUCAGGGGAAGUAUGAAUGUGUGGCCAGCAACAGCGCCGGGGUGCGCUACUCUUCACCCGCUAACCUUUACGUGAGAGAGCUACGAGAAGUUCGCCGGGUGGCACCUCGCUUCUCCAUCCUGCCCGUCAGCCAUGAGAUCAUGCCCGGGGGUAACAUCAACAUCACCUGCGUGGCAGUAGGUUCUCCCAUGCCAUAUGUCAAGUGGAUGCAGGGGGCAGAAGACCUGACUCCUGAGGAUGACAUGCCGGUGGGCCGCAACGUCCUGGAGCUCACUGACGUCAAGGACUCAGCCAACUACACCUGCGUGGCCAUGUCUAGCCUGGGGGUGAUAGAGGCUGUGGCUCAGAUCACAGUGAAAUCGCUGCCCAAGGCUCCCGGGACGCCUGUGGUAACAGAAACCACGGCAACCAGCAUCACCAUCACCUGGGACUCGGGGAACCCCGACCCUGUGUCUUACUACGUCAUCGAGUACAAGUCCAAGAGUCAGGAUGGCCCAUACCAGAUCAAAGAGGACAUCACUACGACACGUUACAGCAUCGGAGGACUCAGCCCCAACUCGGAGUAUGAGAUCUGGGUGUCUGCCGUCAAUACCAUUGGACAGGGGCCUCCCAGCGAGUCCGUGGUGACCCGCACCGGGGAACAGGCACCAGCUAGUGCUCCUCGCAGUGUCCAGGGGCGGAUGCUGAGCGGCACCACCAUGCUUAUCCAGUGGGAAGAACCGGUGGAGCCCAACGGGCAGAUCCGCGGCUACAGGGUGUAUUACACCAUGGAGCCUGACCAGCCAGUGAGCAACUGGCAGAAACACAAUGUAGAUGACAGCCUCCUGACCACAGUGGGCAGCCUCUUGGAGGAUGAAACGUACACUGUCCGGGUCCUGGCAUUCACUUCCGUGGGAGAUGGGCCUCUCUCUGACCCCAUCCAGGUCAAAACACAGCAAGGAGUUCCUGGGCAGCCGAUGAACUUCCAAGCAGAAGCCAGGACGGAGACCAGCAUCAGAGUGUCGUGGAGCCCUUCCCGGCAGGAGAUCAUUGUGAAGUACGAACUCAGCUACAAGGAAGGAGAUCGCGGCAGGGAGGUGUUGAAGACCUUUGAGCCGACGACCUCGUUCACAGUGGAAGGUCUGAAGCCUAACACUGAGUAUGUCUUCCGGCUGGCUGCCCGCUCGGCUCUGGGCCUGGGGGCCUACACCCCGGAGGUCAGGGAGCGGACCCUGCAGUCUAAACCGUCCGCCCCCCCUCAAGACAUAAAAUGCGUCAGCACCAGAUCCACUGCCAUUCUGGUAAGUUGGCGGCCUCCGCCGGCCGAGAGCCAAAAUGGUGUCCUGGCUGGAUACAGCGUCCGCUAUCGAGCGCUGGACUCUGAGGACACGGAACUUAAGGAGGUGAAUGAUAUCCCCCCAACCACCAAUCAGAUCCUCCUGGAACAGCUGGAAAAGUGGACAGAAUAUCGCAUCACUGUGGUGGCGCACACGGAGGUGGGGCCAGGCCCGGAGAGCUCGCCAGUCGUCGUCCGAACAGACGAAGAUGUGCCCAGCGCACCACCUCGUAAAGUAGAGGUGGAGGUUCUGAACUCAACGGCCAUCCAAGUGUUCUGGCGCUCUCCAGUCCAGAACCGCCAGCACGGGCAGAUCCGUGGCUAUCAGGUCCACUAUGUGCGCAUGGAGAACGGAGAGGCCAAAGGGUUGCCCCAGAUCAAGGAUGUCAUGCUGGCUGAUGCCCAGUGGGAAACGGAUGACACUGCUGAAUAUGAAAUGAUCAUUGCUGGGCUCCAGCCCGAGACCUCGUACUCCAUCACGGUGGCGGCUUACACCAUGAAAGGGGACGGCGCCCGCAGCAAACCCAAACUGGUCACGACCAAGGGUGCAGUUCCAGGGAAGCCCAUCCUGUCCGUGCAUCAGACUCAGGAGAAUUCUCUCCUGGUGAAAUGGGAGCCUCCCUUGGAUGCCGAGGGCCAGGUCAUGGGCUACCGGCUCCAGUUCGGUCGACAGGACAUCGACCCCCUGUCCACCUUGGAGUUCACAGCCCAGGAGGAUAAGUACACCGCCACCAACAUCCACAAGGGCGCCACGUAUGUUUUCAAGCUGGCCGUGAAAAGCCGGGCUGGCUUUGGGGAAGAGGCCGUGCAGGAGCUGACCAUCCCCGAAGACAUCCCCCAAGGUUACCCCCAAAUCCUUGAGGCAAGCAACAUCACCUCCAUGUCAGUCCAGUUCAGCUGGCUGCCCCCCGUGCUGGCCGAGAGGAACGGCGCCAUUGUCAAAUACACUGUGGCCUACCGAGAAGCCGGUUCCCCUGGCAGCCCCUUGGAAAAAGACCUGUCCCCCUCCCCUGAGAACUCAUACACGCUCAACGGCCUCAAACCCAACACCGCCUACGACGUUAAAAUCCGGGCUCACACCAGUAAAGGGCCCGGGCCAUACAGCCCGACUGUUCAGUAUCGGACGUUCCUGCUGGACCAAGUUUUACCAAAAAACUUCAAGGUGAAGAUGGUGAUGAAGACCUCCGUCCUUUUGAGCUGGGAGUUCCCCGAGAACUACAACUCUCCCAUCCCCUACAAGAUCCAGUACAACGAGCUGACCAUCGACGUGGACGGCCGCACCACCAAAAAGCUCAUCACCAAUCUGAAGCCCCGCACUUUCUACAACUUUGUCCUGACGAACCGGGGAAACAGCAUGGGCGGCCUGCAGCAGAACGUGGCGGCCUGGACAACCACUGACAUGCUGACCAAGAAGCCGGAGGUGACUCACAAGGCUGACGCGGAUGGCAACGUGGUGGUGAUCCUGCCGGACGUGAAGAGCUCAGCGCCUGUCCAGGCUUACUACAUCGUGGUGGUGCCUUUAAAGAAAUCGAGGGGAGGCCAGUUCAUGAACCCCGUGAGCAGCCCCGAGGAGAUGGACCUGGAAGAGGUGAUUCAGGACAUCUCUAGGCUUCAGCGCCGGAGCCUCCGUCAUUCCCGGCAGCUGGAUUUCCCCAAGCCGUACAUCGCUGCCCAUUUCCGCACGUUGCCCUCCCACUUCAUCCUGGGGGACAUGAAACACUACGACAACUUCGAAAACAAAGCCCUGGAGCCGGGACACAAAUACGUCAUCUUCAUCCUGGCGGUGCUGCAAGACUUGGAAGCUACAUUCGCAGCUAGUCCUUUCUCCGACCCAAUCCAGCUGGACAACCCCGACCCGCAGCCAAUCAUCGACGGAGAGGAGGGCUUGAUAUGGGUCAUCGGGCCAGUCCUCGCCGUGGUCUUCAUCAUCUGCAUCGUCAUCGCCAUCCUGCUCUACAAAAACAAGCCAGACAGCAAACGGAAAGACUCUGAGCCGCGGACGAAAUGUCUCCUGAACAACGCUGAGAUUGCUCCUCAUCACCCCAAGGACCCAGUGGAGAUGAGACGCAUCAACUUCCAGACUCCAGAUUCUGGUCUGAGCAGCCCUCUCAGUGACCCUGAGUUUGACUUUGAAAGUAUGCUCAACCACCCACCCAUCUCCAUCUCCGAGUUGGCAGAACACACGGAGCAUCUCAAAGCCAACGACAACUUGAAAUUAUCCCAAGAGUAUGAGUCCAUCGACCCUGGCCAGCAAUUCACCUGGGAGCACUCGAACCUUGAAGUGAACAAGCCCAAAAACCGCUACGCUAACGUGAUCGCCUAUGACCAUUCCCGCGUCAUCCUGCUGCCCAUUGAAGGGAUUGUGGGGAGUGACUACAUUAACGCUAACUACAUCGAUGGCUACCGGAAGCAGAACGCCUACAUUGCCACACAGGGCCCUCUGCCGGAGACUUUUGGCGACUUCUGGCGGAUGGUGUGGGAGCAGCGCUCAGCUACGGUUGUGAUGAUGACAAAGCUUGAGGAGAAAUCACGGAUCAAGUGUGACCAAUACUGGCCAGGCCGGGGCACGGAGACCUAUGGGAUGAUCCAAGUGACCUUACUAGACACUAUUGAAUUGGCCACGUUCUGCGUUCGGACGUUCUCCCUUCACAAGAAUGGCUCCAGUGAGAAGAGAGAGGUACGCCAAUUCCAGUUCACAGCAUGGCCCGACCAUGGUGUCCCUGAGUACCCUACCCCGUUCCUGGCUUUCCUGAGAAGGGUCAAAACGUGCAACCCUCCUGACGCUGGCCCGAUCGUAGUGCACUGCAGCGCGGGAGUUGGACGGACAGGCUGUUUCAUUGUGAUUGAUGCCAUGCUGGAGAGAAUAAAGCAUGAGAAGACAGUGGACAUUUAUGGGCACGUCACCCUCAUGAGGUCACAGCGGAACUACAUGGUCCAAACAGAAGACCAGUACAGCUUUAUACACGACGCCUUGCUGGAGGCUGUCGCUUGCGGUAACACAGAGGUCCCAGCCAGGAAUCUCUACACUUACAUCCAGAAACUGGCACAGAUAGAGGUGGGGGAGCACGUGACAGGCAUGGAGCUGGAGUUCAAGCGACUUGCCAACUCCAAAGCCCACACUUCCAGGUUCAUAAGCGCCAACCUCCCAUGCAACAAAUUCAAGAAUCGCCUUGUCAACAUCAUGCCAUACGAGACCACCAGGGUCUGUCUUCAGCCCAUCAGGGGAGUGGAGGGCUCAGAUUAUAUCAAUGCCAGUUUUAUCGAUGGAUACAGACAACAGAAAGCCUACAUUGCCACUCAAGGGCCGCUGGCAGAGACCACCGAGGAUUUCUGGCGGAUGCUCUGGGAGAACAACUCCACCAUUGUGGUGAUGUUGACCAAGCUGCGAGAGAUGGGUCGGGAAAAGUGCCAUCAGUAUUGGCCCGCUGAGCGGUCAGCACGGUACCAGUACUUUGUGGUGGAUCCCAUGGCUGAAUACAACAUGCCUCAGUAUAUCCUUCGAGAAUUCAAGGUUACUGAUGCCAGGGAUGGUCAGUCCCGAACCGUUCGUCAGUUCCAGUUCACUGACUGGCCCGAACAAGGUGUGCCAAAAUCAGGAGAGGGUUUUAUCGAUUUCAUUGGACAGGUGCAUAAGACAAAGGAACAGUUUGGUCAGGAUGGGCCAAUUUCUGUCCACUGCAGCGCCGGAGUGGGCAGAACUGGGGUGUUUAUCACCCUGAGUAUCGUCCUGGAGAGAAUGCGUUAUGAGGGUGUUGUAGAUAUUUUCCAGACAGUUAAGAUGCUGCGAACACAACGACCAGCUAUGGUGCAGACAGAGGAUGAAUAUCAGUUCUGCUACCAGGCAGCUCUGGAGUAUCUGGGAAGUUUCGAUCACUAUGCAACCUAACAAGCCAUCCGCCUUGCAGACUCCGCCCACCACUUCAGCCCUGGAAGGCCUCUCCUGGCCCGGGAGGAGUGCUUGGACUUAUAAACCCGACUCAGAAGAAGUCCCUUUUCAUUUGGACCAUGCAGUGGGGAGCGGGGGAAGGAUUUGAAAGGAACGCCCCUUCAGGAACUCCCAUGUUGUAACCCGGAAAGUGACGAGGCAGCUCGGCAGGGCGCUGAGGGAUGAUUUUAAGUGGUGAACUGCUCUGGUUACCUCGCGUGGUGUUUGCUGAGGAGGGCGUACGGACAUCCUCAAACUGAUCCAAAAGUUAAAUGCGCCCUGUGUGAAACGUUACUGCUGAAGGGAGAGAAGAGGGCUGGAGAAGAGCAGGAAACCAGCUUUGGUUACAUCAUCAGAGUUCAGUUUAUUUACUAAUCUAGUUGGCGGUCUUUAAAGGAAGUCACUUGCAGAGUUGAAGGUGCUGUGUAAAAAAAAAAUAUAUAUAUAUAUAUAUAUAUAAUUAAAAAAAAUCUCAAUACUUAGGCAAAAUUAAGGUCAGGAAUACUGCUAGCUGGAGUCUUAAUAAACCUCAGUCUCAUCAUCAGGCUGAGUCGGGGCUUAUCAGCCCCUUGCCAACACCAUUCCCUCAAUACCUCUGCCCCCCAAGAGGUUUUACAGCUCAUCUUUUGAAUACUUGGAACAUUCCUCCUAAUCCCCACCUUUAUUUUUUUUUAGGCUAUUUAAAGGAAAAAAGUGGCUGUGCCCUAGGGGUCCCCUACCUGGGGCACAGACCUGCUGGGCAGAGCUGAGGUGUGGUCAGGUAGAGACGGGCUCUUCCCUGACUGGGUACAAUGACUGUUGGUUCUCUUCUCCCCUGUUCAGCUCAUCCAGACACACACACGGGCGCUGCUUUGAAUGAGACGUGUUUGAGCUGUACAGAAGUAGAACUUCUUUCCAUAUUAAACCACCCCCUUAUGCACACAGCUGUUUGUUUUUCCCCGGGGGUGAGGGGA